ACUGUAAUCACACUCUUCAGGAGUCUUCAUGUAGACUUUGAUCCACUGAACCAGCGACAUUCACACAGUCCAGAACCUCCUGGAAAAUAAAGAGCAUUUCUCGGCUUUUACUACCUUUAACUUCAGAUUCAGGACGAUGGACAUUUUACUUUCAAGGCUGCUGUUGUUUCCGGUGUUUCUGAUAGCGCUGCCGUCCUGUGCUUCUGCUGUAGACAAACUCAACAUGUGUAUGGAUGGAAAACACCAGAUAUCAGAGCCCAGACCCGAGGGACAGCUGUAUCAGCAGUGUUCUCCGUGGAAAGAUAACGCCUGCUGCACAGCGAACACCACAGAAGAAGCUCAUCAGGAUAAUUCAUACCUGUACAACUUCAACUGGAAUCACUGCGGUAUUAUGAGCGAGAAAUGUAAGAAACACUUCAUUCAGGACACGUGUUUCUACGAGUGCUCGCCGCACCUGGGGCCCUGGAUUCAGCCGGCGAGCGAGUCGUGGCGUAAGGAGCGUAUCCUGGACGUGCCGCUGUGUCUGGAGGACUGUAAGAGCUGGUUCGAGGACUGUAAGGAUGAUUACACCUGUAAAGAGAACUGGCACAAGGGCUGGGACUGGAGCUCGGGCGUUAACCGCUGUCCACGCGACUCUCAGUGCAGCCGCUGGACGGAGAUCUUCCUCAGCGCUCAGGACAUGUGUGAGAAGAUCUGGUCAAACUCCUACAAGUACACCACGCUCAGCAAAGACAGCGGCCGCUGCAUGCAGAUGUGGUUCACGGGUUCGAACCCCAACAGGAAGGUGGCUGAGUAUUACCUGAACGGCGGUUCGGAGACGGUCGCCAUGGCAACAGGCCUGCAGGUGUUUGUGCAGCUGGUGAUGCUGCUGCGCUGACCGGAUCACAAUCACACCUGAGAACAAACCGACCUCAUGGAGGAUUUUCUGUUGAUUUUCUGUGCGUGUAUCUUUAAGUCAAAGCAGAAUUCAAAAUUAAAUCGGAUGUUUGUUUAUGAUAAGCCAGUUUCAUGUGACUUUGGGUAGUAUGAUGUAAUCUAUAUUGAUAUUCUGUUUAUUGAUGUAGAUUUGUUAAACCACUCCAGGAUGUCUAUUGAUUAGAUAAUAAUUAGUAAUAAUAAUAAUGAUUCAUUUUAUUGGAUGACAUUAUUUGAAAAGCAUCACUUACUGACUACAGUGGUGUUCAAUAAAUGGGGUUCAAAAAUUUGAAACUAACAAAGAACAAAUUCUGACAUAAUCUAUGAAUAACAGAAUUUAUUAUAUAUAUAUAUAUAUAAUGUCAAAAUAUAAAUGUUUAUUGAAAAUAAACAUGAACUUAAAACAACAUUCAAUAAAUAUAUAAGUAAAAUAUAAUUAUUUUAUUUUUAUACAAUUACUGCAUGUUGUCUAAUAAAAUAAGAUAAUAAAAUAAAACACAACAAUUUAUAUUAUUUUGCACAAUUAUUGCAUGUUGUCUAAUAAUAUAAUCAAUAAUUGUUUUAUUUUAUUUCAUUUUUUAUUUUAUUUUAAUUUUAAAAUUAUUGCAUAUUGUGUAAUGGAAUAAAAUAUAUCAUAAAAUAAAAUAUUUAAAAUAUCAAUUAGUUGUAAAUAAAAAAAGAUUAAUUAUUUUAUUUUAUUAGACAAUAUGCAACAAAUUAUAAAUAACAUAAUAAAACAAAACUAAAUAAAACAAAACAAGGGGCUACAAGAAAAGCAGUGCAUGUCCAGCUGCUCUCUUGUGCUGUGUCAGUGAGCUGUGACAGGUGGCGCUGUGAAACACACAGGAGACAGUCCAGGGAUGGCCAAACCAGUGAUUAUUACUCAUUUAACACUUCUCAUGGAGAAAAUGAGAACAUUUGCCAGUUCUCAGAAAGGAAAGUGUGGUUCAAACGGAUUAUUAGACAGAAAAACACUCAAAUGCAAUGAGAAGGUCUAGUUGCAUCAUACACAAUCUAGUUGUGAUUCUUUUCUAUGUAAUUUUUACUCUCUUAUAGACAUGAUCUGAUAGAAAAUCCACACCACAAAUCUAUUAUUUAUUUAUCAGUACUGAUGUUGGUACUUCAAAACCUAUGUGGUUACACUAAUGCUUGUUUUCUCAAUCCUGUCCUCCAAAAUAAAAGUACAAUAUUA